AACGUGGUGAAAUUCACCCCGUAAAAUGGGAGCGGGUGGAAUCUCACCCGCGCUCGACACCCUUCCCCCUCAUUUCCUCCCUCCGCCCGCAGCUCCUCCCCGCUCGACCCUGUCGCUUCUCACUGUCGCACCAGAGGCCGCUCCCACCGUCGCCGCACUCACCGUCGCUGCUCCGCUCCUCUGCCGGUGAUCUUUCCCUCUUUCUCUCUUGCUCUCUGAUGCCCUCGUCUUCUCCCAAAUCAGUGCCCUAAUCACCGUCGCUCGCAGGGAAGACAGGGCAGCAUCCGCCAACGCCACGGUCGCCGCUCCUCCGAUCCGCCGUCGCUGUUGCUAUUGCCCUCGUUUUCUCCUAUUACCCCUGCGGUUCGACAAGAUCCGUCCAGCGAUAUGAUUCACUUUGUGCUUCUGAUCAGUCGCCAAGGCAAGGUGAGGCUAACAAAAUGGUAUUCACCUUAUUCACAGAAGGAGAGGACGAAGGUAAUUCGAGAGCUCAGUGGUCUUAUUCUCACGAGAGGCCCAAAGCUUUGUAACUUUGUUGAGUGGAGAGGGUACAAAGUUGUCUAUAAAAGAUAUGCUAGCCUUUACUUCUGUAUGUGCAUAGAUCAGGAUGACAAUGAACUGGAAGUACUUGAAAUAAUACAUCAUUUUGUUGAGAUACUUGAUCGCUAUUUUGGCAGUGUAUGUGAGUUGGACUUGAUAUUCAAUUUCCACAAGGCAUACUUCAUCCUGGAUGAGCUUUUGAUUGCCGGUGAACUUCAAGAGUCAAGCAAGAAAACUGUUGCAAGACUUAUAGCUGCACAGGAUUCUUUAGUGGAAAGUGCUAAAGAGCAGGCUAAUUCUUUAAGCAAUAUAAUUGCGCAAGCAACAAAGUAGUUCUAUGCCCUAUAUUUUGCUGUUUUUUGCAUUAUUUGGAGUGCCCUUUUAUGUGUGAAUUUUGGGUCGUCGAAGUUACAGUUCUUCUGUGUAUUUGAAAAAGACAGUUAAGACGGGGAGCCUCUUUGGCCAGCGUUUAGGAGCAACGCUCAAUGUUGUCUGUGCUUUGAUUUUUUCUUUUCUCCUUUUAAUUUUGUAACUCCAACAGUGUAAUUUGCACGGCUUUCCUUGCCUUUCUGUUAUCUGCUUGGAAACGUGUGCUGGGAAAGUAACAACUUUCAUCUCAUACAAUGGGAUUAAUUAAGAGGGAUUAAUUAAGACCA